AUGUCCGGGAUCUCCGUCCAGCGCGCCUGCAACUCCUGCUUCACCUCAGCCCAGCACCUCAACUCCUCCGCGGACACAAUCUCGCAUUCCCACGCGGAAAACGAAGACGACGAGCUCCUCAAGUACAUCUGGAGGGAAUACCUGCAUCCCAAACAAUACGAAUGGGUGCUCAUAGCUGGAUAUAUACUGGUUUUCCUCGUGUCUCUGGUCGGAAACACACUGGUUUGUUUUGCAGUUUGGAAAAACCAUCACAUGCGGACAGUGACCAACUACUUCAUCGUGAACCUGUCCUUCGCAGACAUCCUGGUCACCAUCACGUGUCUUCCUGCAAGUCUUGUGGUGGACAUCACCGAAACAUGGUUCUUCGGACAGACCCUGUGCAAAAUACUGCCUUACCUACAGACCAUCUCAGUGUCCGUAUCGGUCCUGACACUGAGCUGCAUUGCCCAGGACCGCUGGUAUGCGAUCUGCCACCCGCUAAAAUUCAAAAGCACUGCUAAAAGAGCCCGCAAGAGCAUCGUGCUGAUCUGGCUGGUGUCCUGCAUCAUGAUGAUCCCCCAGGCCGUGGUGAUGGAGAGCAGCAGCCUGAUGCCGGAGCUCACCAACAAAACCAGCCUGUUCACCGUCUGUGAUGAGCAGUGGCCAGAUGAAAUCUAUCCUAAAGUCUACCACACCUGCUUCUUCAUCGUCACUUAUUUCGCUCCACUGUGUUUGAUGGUCCUGGCAUACAUUCAAAUCUGCCAUAAACUCUGGUGUCAACAGAUUCCAGGGUCGUCUUCGGUCCUCCAGAGGCAGUGGAAGUCUCUGCAGUGUUCGGCUCAUGCGGUCGGGUCUGGAGAAUCGGUGAAGGUGAGAACCAGCACAGUGUCAGCGGAGGCCAAGCAGGUGAAAGCCCGGCGGAAAACUGCACGGAUGCUGAUGGUGGUGCUGUUUGUGUUCGCCCUCUGCUACCUGCCCAUCAGCAUCCUCAACAUCAUGAAGAGAGUAUUCGGCGCAUUCAAGAACACAGGCAACAGAGAGACUGUGUACGCCUGGUUCACCUUCUCCCACUGGCUCAUAUACGCCAACAGCGCCGCCAAUCCAAUCAUCUACAAUUUCCUCAGCGGCAAAUUUCGAGAGGAGUUUAAAGCAGCGUUCAUCUGUCAGUGCUCGGGUCGAGGAGAAACACACAAGCAGAGAGCGAGAGGCAGAACCAGCACAGACAGCCGAAAAUCCCUGUCAACACAGGUCAACAACCUCGACAACAUCUCCAGGAUUUCAGACCAGGCGGUGUAG